AUGGUGAGACUAACGGAAGAAAUGGUUGUUGCUAGAUCACGAAUUUCUGAUCUUACAGCAGUUAAAAAAUUAAAUUGUUGGGGCUCCGAGUUGACAGAUGUGAGUAUUCUACGUGAAUUGAAAAAAGUAGAAGUUUUAUCACUAAGCGUCAACAAAAUCAACAGUUUAGCAGAUUUUCAAUACUGUUCAAAUUUAAAGGACUUAUUUGUUAGAAGAAAUAAUAUAACAGAUUUAAAUGAAAUAUGUUAUUUACAAAAUUUACCAAAUCUUCGAAAUUUAUGGCUCGAGGAAAAUCCUUGCGCUGAAAGAGAAGGGUAUCGUAUGUCUGUAAUAAGAGCUUUACCGAAUUUAGAAAAACUUGAUGAUAAAUUUGUGACUGCUGACGAAAUAAAUGUGGCACUAUCACGCGGCAAAAUUCUCGUUCAUCCACUUAGUAUGGAUGCAUCACCUCCACAAUCUGAUCCAGCGAGCCCAGAAGAAGUCGCCGAAUUCAUUGACGAAGUUGAAUUAGAAAGAAAUAGGAGAUACAGUUCAUCUAGCGACCAGAGAAGCUAUGAUGAUCCCCAUCAAGGCCAUGAAGAAUAUCAAGAUACAGAUCGAAGAAAUGCUAAUUACAAUGCGUCAUCUCCUCAUCAAUACUCUCAAAAUAAUCAUUACAGUUAUGAUCUUCAAAAUGGCCAAACUAAAAAUCAAAUCAAAGAUGAAGCAGCUAAAUCAGUUGAAUCUCGUACCAAUGGUCACAGUUUGCAGACUAACAUUCCUGAGGUUUCUAAGGAUUACGAUGACCGACCGGCAGUGGCUAGACAAAAUGGAGAUUAUGAAGAUCGUCGUGGUUACAGUACUGAGUAUGAAAGAUCGAGUGAACCCAGUACUCAUCGCUCACAACAGGUACUGCCGUCACCAAGGACAGCUUACUCUGAGGAUCCUCGAGAGAUGCCAGGCUGGGUACGACAUGCAGAAAAAGAAAAAUGUCGAUUUCAUUAUCAUAGGAGGCCCGUUACGAGAAACUCAAACAUUUUGUCAGCUGUUUUGUGUCUUGUGAAAGAAUUGGAUUAUCCGAGUUUAGAAGUCGUCGAGAUGGCAGUUCGCAACAGAAUGGACGAAUUAGAAGAAUGA